UAUUCAUCUUGAAGGAGUCACUACCCUAAACCCUAUUGUAUCUGUAUCCCAAUUCUCUCCUUCAGAGUUUAUUUUCUCUUUGAGAACAAGCUAAAAGCUUAAUUUUUUUCCUAUCUCUGUGUAAACAAAACAUCACAAUAGAUUCUUCGAUGUCAAGAAGAAAACCAAAUUUUCUGUGAGAAGAAACCAAACUUGUCUAUGAGAGAAGAUACAAUGUUUAAGAAAGCCCUCGAGCUUUCAACUCUGUGCGAUAUCGAAGUCUGUGUCAUACUUUAUAGUCGUGACGGAGAACUCAUCAAGACAUGGCCGGAGGAUCAAUCCAAGGUUCGAGACAUGGCAGAGAGGUUUAGCAAACUACACGAGAGAGAGCGACGCAAGAAAAGAACCAACCUUUCUCUGUUUCUACGUAAGAAGAUCCUCGACAACAGUAAGCUCUCGGAGAAAGUCUUAGAGAUGAAGGAUUCAUUAGAAAGUGGUCUACGGGUACUACAAGAUAAGCUUCUGUUACUACAACCCGAGAAAAACCAGACCGAGUUAGGUCAGAUCCCCGUCAUCAACAAUGGACAGAACCAUUGGUGAAUAUCGGUGUGUCAAACACAGAGCAAGACCUAUCGAC